GUAUUAAUGUGCAUGCUGACUCAGCGUUGUUUGUCCUGACUGACUUGCCGUAGUUGAGUUGUGUCUAUUUAGCAUGCUCACCAAGUGCUGUACAUUGAGUGUUGAUGAUCCCUCUCUAGAGUGUAUGCUACUGCUACUCCCAAGUCAUAUAUAUAAAAGUUACUAAACGUGUGUGCUACCUCGUUAUUUGAAUACAUAACAUAUUGGCGACGAGGAUAAUCGGUUUAUGAGUGUUCCUUGCAGUUUUGUUUUUUUUUGGAAGUGAAGAUGGCAUACUUUUCUCAGCGACCAGACGAGUUUAAACCUGAGAUUGAAUCAUGGUCAGCCUACAUUGAGCGCAUGGAGUUGCUGUUUGAAGCCCAUGAUGUCGAUGAUGAAAAGAGGGUCCCAUUGUUGUUGAGUUCAGUGGGAGCAGUGACAUAUGGACUUCUUCGCAAUUUGGUUCAGCCUGAUUUGCCCAAAAACAAAACAUUUGACCAGAUUGUGGACACUCUGAAAGACUAUUAUGAGCCAAAGCCGUUGGUUAUUGCCGAACGCUUCAGGUACCGCAAGUGUGUUCAGAAAAGCAACCAGACGGUUACGGAAUAUGCCGCUGAGCUGCGUCAAUUAGCUGCAAAGUGUGAUUUUGGUGACAGACUGGAUGAGGCUCUGCGUGAUGGCUUUGUCAGCGGGGUCAGUUCUGAGGCAUGUCAACGCAAGUUGCUCUCGGAGGACAGACUGACUUUUGCAAGAGCUGUGGAGCUGGCUGUCAACAUGGAGACGGCCCACCGCGACGCACAGCAGUUGAGGAAGGGUGAUGACGUCACUUCAGCUGUUCACAAGGUAAAGGAGAGGCAAAGACGGCGCUCGCCUUCAAAACAAGAGACAUGCUACAGAUGCAAAGGCAAGAAUCAUAAUGCAAGUGACUGUUACUACAAGAAUGCAAAGUGUCAUAAAUGUGAUAAAAUAGGGCACAUACAGAAAGCAUGUAGAUCUGGAGGCCCAGCACGUGAAAAUAAAUAUGAUAAAAAGGGGAAGAAAAGCAGUGAGCGAAGAGAGGAGAGAAGGACAGGCUAUGUGCAAACUGACAAAAAUGAAGAUGAUGUUGGUGAUAUUUUGACUGUUUUCAGCACAAAUGGUGCAGGCCGACAGCCAUACAAGGCCAUUUUUGAUGUAAAUGGAAAGAAAGUCCUGAUGGAAAUAGACACAGGAUCAGGAAUGAGUAUAAUCUCAGAAGAUGUCUAUGAGCAGUCAUUCUCACAUAUGCCACUAGUGGACAGCCGCGUAAAGCUAAAGGGCUACUCAGGGGAGCCAAUUCCUGUUAAAGGCCAGUUUAUGGCAAAAGUGGCUUAUGAAAAUCAGACUGCUAGCCUACCACUGAUAGUUGUGGGAGUUGAGGGUCCUUCACUGUGUGGGAGAGAAUGGCUAGAUGAGAUCAAGCUAAACUGGAAAAUGAUUAAAGCAGCCGCAAUCAACACAGUUGCUGAAAAUUUAACAUCAGCACAAAAGCCCAAAUUGAUUCAAGAAGUGCUGGCUAAAUAUGAUGAGGUAUUCAAGGAUGAGCUUGGAACAUUAAAGGACAUUAAAGCCACAAUUUCUGUAAAGCCUGAUGCAGUUCCAAAGUUCCACAAAGCCCGCGUCCUGCCAUUCGCCAUGAAAGAAAAAGUUGAAAAGGAGCUGCAGCGCCUAGAAAAGGAGGGUGUCAUCAGUCCAGUGAAACACAGUGACUGGGCUGCUCCAGUGGUUCCAGUGCUUAAGCGGGAUGGAGGACUUCGCUUGUGUGGCGACUACAAGGUAACUGUUAACUUGGCUACAAACGCUGAAACGUACCCCCUACCAAGAAUUGAGGAGGUGUUAGCAGCACUAUGUGGAGGAAAAAUAUUUUCUAAAAUAGAUCUAGCAGCAGCCUAUCAACAAGUACUCCUGGAUGAAGAGUCAAAAAAGUAUACAACAGUGAAUACUCAUAAAGGACUGUUUGUGUACAAUAGACUUUGUUUCGGUGUCACUUCUGCUGUUAGCAUUUUUCAACGCAUUAUGGAGAACCUGUUGAAAGAUCUUGAUGUAGUAAUUUAUCUAGAUGAUUUAUUGAUUAUGGGCCGAGAUGAAGCCCAGCAUCUCGUGAACCUGGACAAGGUUUUACAGAGACUGCAAGAGAACGGCAUGAGAUUGAAAAAGUCAAAGUGUGACUUCGGCAAGACACAGAUUGAAUAUCUGGGACAUGUGCUGGACGGGAAAGGCGUCUACCCAUCCAAAAAUAAGGUCAUAGCCAUACAUGAUGCUCCGGCACCCAGAAAUGUCAAAGAGCUCAGAGCUUUCCUGGGCCUAGUUAACUACUAUGGACGUUUUGUGCCUCAGCAAAGCACAAUUUUGGCCCCACUUUACAAGCUACUGAAAGACAAAGUUAAAUGGAGAUGGCGCGAGACGGAGCAGAGUGCUUUUGGCAAAUGCAAGGAGCUCUUGACCAGUGACAAAGUGCUGGUUCACUAUGAUCCACGUCUGCCGCUUUCGCUUGCAUGUGAUGCUUCUGCUUAUGGAAUCGGAGCAGUGAUACAGCACACAACACCAGACGGGCAUGAACAUCCAAUAGCCUAUGCUUCCCGCACGCUCUCUCCGGCAGAGAAAAACUAUUCACAGAUAGAAAAAGAGGCAUUGAGCCUGGUGUUUGGUGUGAAGAAGUUCCAUCAAUAUCUGUGGGGGCGCAAGUUUGAUUUAAUAUCCGACCACAAGCCCCUGCUCGCGCUGUUUGGAGAACGUAAGGGACUUCCUACAAUGGCAGCAGCGCGCAUACAGAGAUGGGCCAUCAUACUGUCUGCGUAUGAUUACCACAUGACAUACCGCAGGUCAGAGGAGCACGGCAAUGCAGACGGGUUGUCUCGUGUUCCGCUGCCUGAGACGAAAGAUACAGGUACAGAGACAAUGACAGCUUGCAUAAAUGCACUGUUAUAUGAGCACCUUGAGGAGGCACCGUUGAGUGCAAAACAAAUUUCCAAGGCUACACGAAAGGACACAGAGCUUUCAAAACUGCACAGGUACAUCAUGGAAGGAUGGCCAAAAGAAAUACCAGAUGAACUGAGGGUGUACUACAGAAAGAGAGAUGAGCUAUCUGUCGAACAGGGGUGUGUUCUAUGGGGAACAAGAGUAAUAGUACCUGCAAAAAUGAGAGGUGCAGUGCUAAAAGAGAUCCACGACGGACACCCUGGCAUUGUAAAGAUGAAAACAAUUGCACGACAAUAUGUCUGGUGGCCAAAUGUAGAUAUGGAUGCUGAGAGAGUCUGCAAGCAGUGUGAGACCUGCCAGCUGGAACAGCGCACGCCACGCCAAGUCCCGCUGCAUCCCUGGGAAUUUCCUGGAGAGGUUUGGAAAAGACUACACAUUGACUUUGCAGGCCCAUUCUUAGGUCACAUGUUCAUGAUUGUGGUUGAUGCAUACUCUAAGUGGUUGGAGGUUUACAAAAUGGCACAAAUCACUUCUACUGCAACCAUUACACGACUUAAGAGACUGUUCGCAUCAUUCGGUGUGCCGGAACAAAUUGUCACAGACAAUGCGACAACGUUCACAUCGGAUGAGUUUCAGCAGUUCAUAAAGAGGAAUGGAGUCCUUCACACGACCGGUGCGCCGAGACAUCCAGCUACAAAUGGACUGGCUGAAAAAUAUGUUGCUAUUUUCAAAGCAGACAUGAAAAAACUUGUUGGACAGAACCUGAGUGUUGAGGACAAGAUAUCACACAUCCUGCUGCGCUAUCGCACCACUCCCCACAGCACAACUGGAGAGUCACCAGCGGACUUGUUCCUGAAAAGACAUGUACGAACACGUUUGGACUUCCUGAAACCAAGCAUCACCGAACGAGUCAGAAAGAGACAGUAUCAGCAGAAGGAGAAACAUGACAGUCAGGCUGCCGAGAGACAGUUUGAUGUAAAUGACUCUGUGUAUCUGCGCAACACUGCAGGAGAGAAACCCAAAUGGAUUCCUGGGGUAGUGACACAACAGACUGGUCCAGUGUCAUACCGAGUGCAAGGCCAGACACCAGACCAAGUGUACCGGCGUCACGGAGAUCAGCUGAGACCUCGCUACCUUCCUGACCCUCCAGAUUCAGAGCCUGGAGGUGAAACUGCGUCAGCUGAGCAGGCGAGUGACCUCUGUGGAACGGACUCCGAAGAACCUGAACCACCAGCGUUUGAGUUGGAACCGCCAGUGCUGCCUGACCCAGAGACAGUGACUUUGAGACGCUCAGAGCGUACUAUCAGGCGACCUCAGCGUUACAGGGACUGAUUCUUUUCAUAAGGGAGUUUUUCAUUUGUUAUUAAAGAGGGUUGAAUUUGAGUUUAAAUGCACUAUCUGGCAUAGCAUCUGUGACAUUUUUGUGUUUGUUUAUUACAGAAUUGAAGAAUUGAAUGUUGCCGUAUUGAAAGUGUGUACUGAUUUUGCAUUGCCUUUGAUCUAUGGGGGGAGGUGAUGUGGUGUAUUAAUGUGCAUGCUGACUCAGCGUUGUUUGUCCUGACUGACUUGCCGUAGUUGAGUUGUGUCUAUUUAGCAUGCUCACCAAGUGCUGUACAUUGAGUGUUGAUGAUCCCUCUCUAGAGUGUAUGCUACUGCUACUCCCAAGUCAUAUAUAUAAAAGUUACUAAACGUG